UGUGGCGGGGAAGCCUUGGAGGAGUGGGAAGAAGGCCUGGAGAUCUUUCUGGAGACUGGAGGCCCAUCAGAUGAGGUCCAUGGGCUGGAUAGGCCUGGAAAUGUAUCUGGAUGUCCUCUUCUCCAUCAGAGGAGCAGGAUUGCAGCUCCGGAUCAUCCCAGCAGGGCUGGAAAGGUGCGGAGGCCUCAGCCUGGGCCUCCCUGGAGCAUUCAGUGAAUGAGUUUCCCUCAAUCCAAAUGUGUGGAAAAUUGUCAUCCUGGAUUUGUCAAGCAGGCUCGAGAAGGAGAGCCGGUUUGCUGCUACGACUGCAUUCCUUGUCCAAAGGGGACCAUCUCCACUCAGGAAGAUACUGAAAAAUGCACCCAGUGCCCAGAUGAUCAAUAUCCAACUGAGAACCGAAUCCAAUGUAUCCCCAAAAGAAUAACCUUCCUGUCCUAUGAAGAAACUCUCAGCAUCAUCCUGAUCUCCUUUGCCCUAAUCUUGUUCCUAACCACAGGUUUUGUUUUACUCAUAUUCCUUCAAUACCUGGAAACUCCCAUUGUCAAAGCCAACAAUCGGGACAUAUCCUACAUCCUCCUGGUCUCCCUCCUGCUUUGCUUCUUAUCCUCUUUGUUCUUUAUUGGCCGACCAAGGAAAGCCUCCUGCCUUCUCCGACAAGCAGUCUUCAGCAUUGUCUUCUCAAUAGCUGUGUCUUCUGUGUUGGCCAAAACGAUCACAGUGGUAUUGGCCUUCCUGGCUUCAAAACCAGGAAACAGGAUGAGAAGGUGGUUGGGGAAGAGCUUGGCCAACUCCAUCAUCUUUUCUGGUUCUGGUGUCCAGGUUGUCAUCUGUGCCUUGUGGCUGGGAAUUUCUCCCCCAUUCCCUGACUCUGACCUCCACUCCCAGCCUGAGGAGAUCAUCCUUCAGUGCAAUGAAGGCUCCAUCACCAUGUUUUAUGUUGUCCUUGGCUAUAUGUGCUUCCUAGCCACCAUUUGCUUUACUGUGGCUUUUUUGGCAAGGAACCUGCCUGGGCAAGUCUCCGGGAAGUUUAGACUGAAGUGCCCUCUGAGCUUGGAGCACCGGGAUGAAAGUUAUCCAUGGAGCUACUAUGGGCAAGGAGACCAUCUCAUUGGUGUAGUCCUCUGUGCCACAAGAAUAUUGCGUGAAAUGUUGCCUUUCAACACGGCUCCAAAUAAAAAGUCUCACUCAACAGACUCAAAUCCAGAGAUGGGGCAAGGAAAACACCUGAAAGAAUUCAAGAUUGUUUCCCCCUCCCUGUCCAGUUCAGAGUUUAUCAUUUGA